CUGAUCUUCUCUUUCUGGAGCACGUCCUGACCUCCUUUGUCAUCCAAAGCUUUCCCCUCUGUUCCUGAGAGGAGGGAUGGCCGCAAUGGGGAACGACUCCCUCAUUGCCAAGGGAAUGGCUCCACAACAAAGGAUCCUCUUUCCCCCGGAGAAGAUUUGCAUGGAUUGGCAGCGAAGACAGAGAGCUGGAGCGGGACUGCACAACCUGGGCAAUACGUGCUUUGUCAACUCCGUCCUGCAGUGCCUGACGUACACAGCCCCUCUGGCCAACUACCUGCUCUCUCGUGAGCACAGCCAUUCGUGUCGUCAGCAAGACUUCUGCAUGAUGUGCAUAAUGGAAGCGCACGUUAACAAGGUCCUGCAUUCCUUAGUCAGUGCCAUCCAGCCUAGGGCUGUCAUCAACGUCCUCACACGAAUAGGAGAACAUUUCCAGCUUGGCAGGCAGGAAGAUGCCCACGAGUUCCUCCGCUAUACUGUCGAUGCCAUGCAGAGAGCUUGUCUGAGCAGAAGCAGCGAAUUGGACAUGUCUUCUCAAGCAACUACCAUCAUCCAUCAAAUAUUUGGGGGCUUUCUGAGAUCCAGAGUCACGUGCUUGAGCUGCAAAGCAGUUUCCGAUUCCUACGAGGCUUUCCUGGAUGUCCCUUUGGAUAUAAAAGCAGCCUCUUCUGUCACUGCAGCUCUGGAGGACUUUGUGAAACCCGAGCAGCUGGAUGGUGAAAACUGCUUUAAAUGUAGCAAGUGUGACAAGAUGGUUGCUGCCUCCAAGAGGUUUACAGUCCAUCGCACGCCCAAGGUUCUCAUGGUGUGUCUGAAAAGGUUUGAAGAUUGUGCCGGCAGGAAGAUCAGCAAGGCUGUGGAGUAUCCCGAGUACUUGGCUCUUCAGCCAUAAAUGUCUCAGAGAGCUGGAGAACUGCUCCUCUACACCUUCUAUGCUGUCCUGGUACAUAGCGGUGGCAGCUGUCAUGCAGGACGCUAUUUCUGCUACACAAAGGCCAGCAAUGGGCUGUGGUACAAGAUGAACGAUAUGGCUGUGGAUGGUUGUGGCAUCGAGACAGUUCUCAGGCAGCAAGCCUAUUUACUGUUUUAUGUCAGGUGA